CGACAACUACCCACCAACGGUUCCUUCUUCAAGAUGUCGGCAACAGAAGCUACCCAGAAGAAGACCUUCGGAAAAUCGACCCGGGUCGUUUCCAACGAGAAGGCACAAAAGUACUACCCGGCAGAGGAUGUCUCCGCUCCAAGAAAGGUCCGCAAGUCCAUCAGACCAUCUAAAGUUAGACCAUCCCUCGAACCUGGAAAAGUCCUGAUCCUCCUCGCCGGUCGUUUCCGUGGCAAGCGUGUCGUUCUCUUGAAGGCACUCGACCAAGGUGUUCUCCUCGUCACUGGCCCAUUCAAGGUCAACGGUGUCCCAAUCCGCAGAGUCAACGCCCGUUACGUUAUCGCCACCUCUACCAAGAUCGAUUUGGAGGGUAUCGACUCAGCAAAGAUUGAGGAGCUCUCAAACCCAAAGUACUUUGCUAGAGAGAAGUCAGAGAAGAAGGCAUCAGAAGAGGCUUUCUUCAAGCAAGGCGAGAAGCCAGAGAAGAAGCAACCAUCCUCCAGCCGCGCAGCAGACCAAAAGACCAUCGAUAAGGCCAUCCUUUCCAGCCUCAAAAAGACCCCAGAACUCGCCAGCUACCUCGGUAGCUCUUUCAGCCUUCGCAAGGGUGAUAAGCCACACGCAAUGGUAUUUUAAAUAUGUGUUGUGGAGAUUGGGGGGAAUGGGUACAUUUGGGCGCGGAUGUGGGAAAAUUCUACAGUCGAUUUGACGAGUCGCUUCUUGCAUCUUGACCUCUGAAUGGGCAUGGGUCGUCUCAUUGUGAAGGGCGCUAUGUAAUCUGAUUUGCAAUGAUGAAGAAAACCACAAAGCAAUGAUAUCUUUUUUUACGCGGAUGAUUGUGAGAUAUGUGAUUUCAGGAUGAUCUUAGACAGGUGGAAAGUAUGGAUGGGGG